AUGGUUGAGGCAGAGGCGCAGAAGGAAUCUGAUGCAGCGGCGCAGCAGAAGGAGGGUGCGGCGCCGAAGAUGGUUGAGGCAGAGGCGCAGAAGGAAUCUGAUGCAACGGCGCAGCAGAAGGAGGAGGGUGCGGCGCCGAAAAUGGUUGAGGCAGAGGCGCAGAAGGAAUCUGAGGCAGCCGCGCGGCAGAAGGCGGAGGCAGAGGAGCAGAAACAGGCUGCGGAAGAGGCACUACAACUGGCUCGGGCAGAAGCGCGGAAGAAGGCUGUUGUAGAGGCGCGGCAGAAGGCGGAGGGUGAGGCGCAGAAGAUGCUAGAGGCCGAGGAGCAGAAGCAGGCUGAGGCUGACGGACGUAGGAAGCCAGAUGGAGAGGAGGGUUCAGAUGGGAAUAAAAUGAUACUAACAGAGGGACGGGAGACGGCGGGUGCUGAGGGGCACAUCAACGCAGAGGAAGAGGGGCAGCACGACAAGGAGGCAGCAUCGCAGGUAUUCGCAUACCGAGAGACGCAGAGCAUGGCAGAGACAGAGCGUCAAAAUACUAUGGAGGAGGUUCGUGUGGUCCCGGAGGCUGGAGUGGGGCACUACGAGGGAGAUGCGCUGGAAACAGAAGAGGAGCAGAAUGAGGAGGAUACGGUACAUCCGGCAGUCCGGAUAUUUUUGGGUUUAAGUCCGACGCGGGGACCAGGAACCGGGGUAGAGAGGCCAUGGAGGGUGGCAGAUGAUGGGGCGCCUAGGGAUACAGUGGAUCUCAACAGGCAGAGGCGGCCUACCCUUCACCAGAGAACAGUGGAGAAGAAUCUCGGCCAAGGCGGGGUGGCAGAAGCGUUUUGGCAGGUAGAGUGGGUCGAGGCAGAGACGGCAAUACGGCGGAUGCUGCAUCGGACGAGUACAGUCCUGGUCGAACAAGGUGACAGGUUCGUCGAGGCCGAAAGCUGGGACAUAAGCCCGGCAGAAGUAACACGUCGUCUCACGCUCUUAGCCCGAAUGGUGACGCAGACGUUCUGCAACUUGGCGACCCGCAACAGCAGCAUCAGUCGCGACGUGGCCGAUCUGACCGUCCAUUACUGCCGCGACGCCCUGGCCAACCUGGAAGAAGUCCGCCAUGGAAACGAGGAACGGCGGCGCCAAGCUGAAACGGCGACCAGGUUUCGCGAGCAGGUGGACACGAGACUCUCCAACUUGCAAGAGAGUAUCAUAAGGGUGAGUGAUCAGGUUCGCCAGUCGGGAGGGGGGAUGGCGGAGGGCACGUUAAAGGGGGUGGAAGAGAGGUUGAGAGAGGUUCUGAGAGAAGACUCUGAGCAGCGGAACAGGGAUAGACUGCAGGACGAGGAGCGGAGGCAGAAGGCCACGAGGAAGGAAGCAGACGCCGCAGAGAGACGGAAGAAGGAACGACAGCAGGAGGAAGAGCGUCGGCAGAAGGAGAUGAGAGAGGGAAUGAAGGAGAUGAAGGAGGCGAUGAUGAAGGAGAUGAAGGCAGAAAUGAAGGAGAUGAAGGAUGGGAUGGUAAACCAGAUUGUGGGGAGGUUGAGCGCGGUUUUGAGAGAAGAAUCCGAGCGGCAGAAGAAGGCGAGGCAAGAGGACGCGGUGCGGCGACAACAGCAGGACGCGAAGAGGAAACAAGUAGCGGACGACGAGGAGAGACAGAAGAAGAAACAACUGGACGAGCAAUGGCGGAAGGAGGAGGAGGAGAAGAGGAAGGAUGUAGAGGCCACAGAGCGGCGGAGGAAGAAGAAACAUCAGGAGGAAGAGCGAUGGCAGAAGGAGGUGGAGGCGGGAAUGAAGGAGGUAAUGGAGGCUAUGAAGGAGAUGAAGACGGGGAUGAAGGGGUGGAAGGAGGGGAUGCUAAGUGAGGUGGAAAAGCGGCUGUCAGUAGUUCUGAGAUUGGACGCAGAGCGGCGGCAAAAGGAGGAGCAGGGUAGGAAGGCAACGAAGGGAGAUCGGCCACAGAAGGAGGAUGCGCAGAGGAAGGAGGCUGAGAAGGACGAUCGGGAGGAAAGGGAGAAACAACAGGAGAAGGAGCACCGGCAAAAUGAGGAGGCGCAGAGGAAGGAGGCAGAGGAAGGAGAGCGGGUGGAGAGGGCGAAACAGCAGGAGAUGGCGCGCCUGCAGAAGGAGGAGAGGCAGAGGAAGGAGGCAGAGGAGGUAGAGCGGCAUCAGAGGGCGAAACAGCAGGAAUUGGACCGCCUGCAGAAGGAGCAGGAGCAGAAGAAGGAGGCAGAGGAGGCCGAGCGGCGGCAGCGGGCGAAAGAGCAGGAGAUGGAGCGCAUGCAGAAGGAGGAGGCGCAGAAGAAGGAGGAAGAGGAGGCCGAGCGGCAGCAGCGGGCGAAACAGCAGGAGAUGGAGCGCCUGCAGAAGGAGGAGGCGCAGAAGAAGGAGGCAAAGGAGGCCGAGCGGCGUCAGCGAGCGAAACAGCAGGAGAUGGAGCGCCUGCAGAAGGAGGAGGCGCAGAAGAAGGAGGUAGAGGAGGCCGAGCGGCGGCAGAGGGCGAAACAGCAGGAGAUGGAGCGCCUGCAGAAGGCGGAGCAGUGCCGAGCAGAGAAGAGGGCCAGACUUGCAUCCUUCGCGGAACAGCAGCGGCAACUGGAGGCAAAGGCAAAGGCGAUGGUUGAAGAGACGGAACGAUUGGCAAGGGAGAUGGAAGAGGAGGAUUUGACCAUGCAUGGGGAGGGGACCUGGAAGGGAGUCGAGGAGGAAAUAGCUGAGGGCCUGGGGAGUUUGCUGUUGAUUGAGAGCGGGGAGGCAAAUGUAGCAGAGGGCGUGGCUAUUGUUCCCGAACAGAACGUAGAGGAGUUGAUACCGAUAAUCCAAGGGGAAAAGAAGGGGAUGAAGAUCGACAAGUGUGACAACAGGAAAAACGCCGUAGUGGACGACAAGGGUAAGACUUUGGGUGUCUGCCUGCCGUUCAAGGGAAGCGGGUUCUCUCAACGGGGCGAGGGAGCUUUGCAGAAGUGGACGUCUGAGCAGACCGUCGGCGGCCGGAAGCGGAACCUCGGCUCUGACAAAACGGUGUGGGAGAGGGCAUACACGGUCGCAGUCUGCUGGAAGUUCUACUUCCCGGAUAUUGACAUGCAGGCAUACGGCAUGAAUCCAAACCGUAUUAACAAGUGGCGGGAAGACCUCGACUUCACAACGCGGCUUCCAAAAGGGGUGUGGAGCCUCAUCAACGAACUCCACCUGGACAAACCGGACGGAUUCUCACUCGUUCAAACCAACACGGCUCUUCGGCAGCAGCAGGGGGAUGGCUUUCAGGUUGCUGCCUGCGCUGGUGUCAGAAUAACUGCGUGGCAGAAGAUGGUGGGAGGCGUGGAGGGUGAAAACGGCUAUUCGACGGAAGAACACGCAGUCGGACUUGCCGCCACGUUGUCUGUAAUGUGGGCCGCAUCCACGAAUGUGGACCAGACCCAGUGGGAGACGGGCGCAACAACAGCUGCACGUGGAACUUCUACUGCCAUAGCAUCUUCUGCUGCCAGAUCGUCCACUGCUGCCACGGCCUCGUCGGCUGCCUCGUCAUCUUCUGCGGCCGAUGUGUCCUCUGCCGUCCUCGAUGCCCUUGCCACGCUUGCAGCCUCGGUUGCGUGCGUUGCGGUUGAGGCGAUGCGGUCGGUCAAGGAUCAGGAGCAUGACAAGGAAGCUUGGAUUCUUCCCCUAUCGAAUGCGCUGCUGAAAGCACUUCCGGCAGAGUCGCGAGCGGCCGGGGAUACGAAGCGGAUGACGAGGGUGGUGGCAAAGGUGGUGACCUCUUGGUGCCUAUGCAGCAUGGCAUCAAGAGGCCUUCGCCAGCACCAGGGCGUCUGCCUCGGAGUGCUGCAGAAGAAGUUGGGCAGCCGGGAUACCACAACAGGGGCGGAUAAGGAGAAGAAAACCAAGAAAUCGUCCGCGAAAAAGAACGCGACGAAGGAGGCGUCGACGAUGGAGAACACCGGCGCUGGCGGCCAGGAGUGA